CCCAGCUGCCCGGGGCCGGGGAGGGGGGCACGGUGGCGUCUGACCCCCAGGCGGGGGGCAGAGCCCUCGGCCCAACCCUCUCCGGAGCUCCCUGCGCUUGGCUUCUCCGGCUGCCAUCCUCACCUGGGCACGGGCAGCGAGAAAAAGAAGGACAGCCCUCCCCUUCGGAGAGGCGGGCAGACCCUCCCAGAGAAGCCGUCGGGGGAAGCGGGGCUCCGGACGGGCGGCCAGGCCAGCGAUUCCCGACGCCCAGCAGCCAGAGAAGGGCUCUCUCGCUUCCAUUCCGAUUUGGGUUUGAAGUCACAGAAACCACAAAGAUGACGCUCCUCGCUUCUGAGCGAUCCAUGCUUAUCCGAAGUAAAUUCCGGUCUGUUCUCCAGCUCCGAAUGCAACACCGUCGAUCUCAAGAGCAGCUCUCUGAACGCCAUCUCCUUCCAGCACUCAACAAACCCCUUACAACUUUCUCACAGCCAAAUGGGACACAGGGCCAGAACAAGGCCAAGGAUCUUGCAAAGCUGAAAGCCUUGCCCCGGCCCCACAAGAACAGCACUGCCAAGGGCCAACUGGCAGAAGUGUCUCCUGGAAACCCUUCUGAGCUGCAGGACAAAAAAGCUCGCCUGGCCGAAGACCUGAGCGAGAAGAUCCUACACCGCCCUGGACCACUUGAGCUGGUGAAGAAGAACAUUCUCCCCUUGGAUCCGGGCAUCAAGGAGGCCAUGACAGAGGCAGCUCCGGCUGUGCCUGAUUCCUUCACCUUUGAGGAAGAUCUCAGUAGCUCCUCCUCCUCUUCCUCCCCAUGCUUUACACUGUCUCCAGGAAAUGCCCUUGGGAAUCCGUCCACUACCUUGUCAGGGGCAGCUUUUCAACUGGAGCUGCCCCCGAUCCUAGCAGAUCAACAGCCUGUCGUGUUGUCAUCCACCCCUGAGUCCGAAUUCCCUCUCCAAGGGGAAAGCCCUCUGGCCAAGCCCUCAAUUUCACUUCUCAAGGUCCCUCCCAAGGUUCCCGAGGCUAGGAAACCACCACGCCCUAAGAAGGUGAAGGAACCACGGCCCAAGGUGAAGAAACUGAAGUAUCACCAGUAUAUGCCCCCAGACCAGAAAGGGGAGCAGGUGCCGGUGCCCAUGGAUGCAGCCUACGCUCGCCUCUUGCAGCAGCAACAGGUUUUCCUGCAGCUCCAGAUUUUGAACCAGCAGCAGCAGCCCACGCCGACAUCACCUGCGACCUUCUGCGUUCAAACCCUCCAUACUGUCCCUGCCAGCAGUGCCCCAGAACACCUGCUGAGCUUCCCUGGGACUUCCACCCCACCAAGUGGGCCCCCUCCUCCUCCUCCUCCACUUCCUCUUCCGUCUCCAUCCACGCCGACCUCCCCUUCACCUCCCAAGCCGGAACUGUUGCCUGCCAACUUGGAGGAGCUAACAGUUUCGGAACUCCGCCAGCAGCUCCGUAAACGGGGCCUACCCGUUUCGGGAACCAAGCCAGCCCUGCUAGAGCGCCUUAAGCCUUACCAGGUGGCCCGAGCCAAGCCUCCACCGGUCCCGCUUUCCAGCACUCGUUUGGCAUCUUCAGACCUGGACGAAGAGGCCCAAGUCUUGCAGGACAAGCAACGGGUGACUGAGAAUCUGGCGCUGAAGCUCCACCGGGAGCAGAAACACCACGACAACGACCUCCAAGUGGAGCUGGAGAUGCACAAGCGGAUCAAGAAUCGCCGCAAGGGAGGGUUGCCGUCACCCGGCCAGCAGGGGGCACCACCACCUUAUAUUGCGAAGAGAGAGUGCACCAAGGAGGGGGGAGGCAGAGAGGACAGCUUCAUGGUCUUAUGCCCUCCGUCCUGUGAGCCGAUAAAUUCUGACAUGGAGCUGCCUCUCGAAAUCACAGCCAGCUCCCCUGACCCAGCCCCAGGGACCCGCUCCAUUGAGGAGGAGCUCCAAGAGGCCAUCCAGAAAGCUCAGCUGGUGCCAAGCCAAUCCAUUGAAGACAUCUUAGAAGAACCCCUGAUUUGUUCAGGUGACCUUCUUCAGGCACCUGCUUUGACCACACAGGUCCCGGAUCAUGUCACUCCAUCACCCCUCAUCCACCAAGAAGCAUCGCCACCCAAGAAGCCCCGCCCUAGCAGUGAACCUCCUUUGGUGACCUCCACCAUCUUUGAUUUCCCCGGGCCGUAUGAUUUCCUCUCAACAGCUUCUUCCUCAUCAGCAUCUCUAGACUCACUGUCCUCAGUUUUCUCCCCUGACUCUCUGGAGAUGCCCCCAUCUCCUCCAGCUGUCUGGCAAGGGAGCGGGGCCCGUUCAGGAUUUGACCCUGUGGAUUGGCUAGAGGCCUUGACCUCAGGCUCUGCCUCAGGUCUGGGCUCCACUAGUCCUGUUGGCAGCAGUAUCUUCUGCACGGACUUCUUCGAUUCACCUGACCUCAGUGUCAACCACAUGAUAGACCUAAUGGUAGAACAGUGGUAGAUGAAACACAAGAAGGCUGUCUGCAUACCCGAAGGCCUGAAGAGAAAGGGGGAAAAUCCCCCUUCCAUCCUGUAAGAUCACAGCAGCAUCGGGCAACUGUUGAAUGGGCGAGAAUGGCAGUGUUUUGGGUGGUCAACAUCAAUCAUCAUAGAUGGUCUUGUUUCCAUUAAUGCCAAAUCCAAAUGCUCCCUUGGAAGAAUAAAGUCACUGACCUUUGGGCAGGGUCAAUGCCAUGCCUCAUUUUGAAUGGCCAGGCAAUCCCAGAAGUCUUUGUGGUUUUCACUGAUGUGGCGGCCGUGAGAUAGUUUAAUCUAAUAUUUGGGAGGAUAAGAAUUAGCCAGCUGCAUUGGACGGGGGAAAUCAUGAUUUACGAUCGCAUCGUCUUCAACAAGCCAUCACAGAUGAAAACAUAGUGUGAUGGCAACCCUUGACAUUAUGAAGUGAUUGAAUGAAGGUAUGGAGUAGCACCAGUUCUGGAAGCUAUCAUGGCUGGAAUCAACAAUUGACAUCUGAAUUCUUUAACAACUUUAGACGCUGUCUUGGAUUAAAGCUUUGGCAUAUGGGCUGUGCUGAUUCUACUUUCUACCUUGGGCCUUUCAUGUCUGCACCCUUUCGAUUGAAGAAGUCAUUAACAGACUGGGAAAUGCUGUGGUCCAAGAUAAUGGCAUCUUCAGUGGGCCAUCUUGGUUUGGUGGAACCGUGAGGACGACAUCAGCUAGGUGAACAUCUGGGCUGUCCCUCUUGAUGCACUGUAACUGAGGACAAGAGUUGGAGAUUCUUCCCUUGGCUGGGGCAUGUGCUAUCUUGUUUAAUUAAACUAGACAGAAGAAGGAAAGUGCCAACAUUAAAACCAAUUAGGAUUGUGCCAUCUCAAACCCACUAGGGGAACAAAGAAAGAACUACAAUUUCCAGGGGUCACCUUGACUGGAGUGUACCUUCUGUGGCAACUUUGUGUUAUCUUGUGUGCAGAGGAAUACCUUCUGUAUUAGGGACUGUACCAUCUACCAUAGCUGGCCAAAAAGUGAUGCAGUCCAAAGACAGGUGCCACCUUUGAAGUCUCAUGCCAAUUUAACUUUUAAAAUUUUCUUAUUAUUUUUACUUUUGGUGUUAACAUUGGAGGGAACGUAUGGGCACACCUAAUGCAUAUACAUAUGACUCCAAACCAUUCUUUGGACUGAGGGUUGGUGGUGGGGCAGCUUCCUAAGGGAGCUGGACUGGGAGGACACCAUGUUCACAGGGAGACAGCUGCAGUGUGUCGUGUCCAAGCAGCCAAAGGUUGCUGGAAGAUUUAGACCAGUGGGGUUAUGGCAGGUUUGGGACACAGUUUGUGUAACUCCAUAGCUCAUGCUAGGUGAAAACUGGAACAUAUCUAAUAAAGAUUUAGUGGUUUAAUCAUAGACAUUCUCUCAUGCUACUCCCUGAGAGCCCUGGGAACUGUAGUAAGCGGGGAUGGGGUUAGGGAUCUCUAAUAGAGAAUUUCCAUCACUCUCCCCUGACUACAAUUCUGAGGAUUCUUUAGGGAAAGUUAAGUCAGUAAAGCUGACUUAUAAAACCACAGGUUUAUAGUGUAGAUAUGCUCACAUAAUAUCUUAGUAGCUACCCUCUCAAAUUAAUGAGCAGUUUGGACAUACAUAAAUACAGAAGCCAUUCAGCUUUGGAAGCUGCAUUCCCUGUUCUUGUCCCAUGUACAAUUUUAAGGACUGCACUCAGAGGAGACAAAUGAGAGCAGGACGGCGCAGAGCACUGGGUAGCUGGGUCAUCACGAAGCAUCCUCCCUCUCCCCAGAGCAGUUUUCAAACGUGAUUUCAUUUGUUUUAAAAAGAAUAAUCAGGCAUGUAUGAUUGUUUAAAUAUAUAACCAAUCAAAGACCAAAAAGAGGGUGGGGAGAGAUGGCUCUGCUUCAGCUCCUUCCCUCAUGCUUCUGGAUCACUUCUUGUGUGUAUGGGGGGGGAGUUGUCGGUGUCCAUUUCCACACUACUCACCUUCAUCUGGAACACUGUGGAACGUCACGAAAAAACCACAGAAGAUAGCAUCUUCUCGCACAAGUUUUGCGCAACAUCGCGCAAAACUUGCGCGAAAAGACGCUAACUUCUGCGGUUUUUAUGGAUGUUCUGCAGCGUUCUGGAUGAAGGUGAGUAGUGUGGAAAUGGCCUAUGUGUCAUUUGAAGGUCAGAGAUGAAAGAAAGAUAUGCUCAAUCCCCAGGGGAAAAAAGGGGGGCAGCCCCUUUUUUAUGUACAUCUGACCAAGCUAUAUACAGAAUACCUUCAAGAAAGGCUCACAGUGCUAUGAACCUGCUUGGAGAUCUCUUUUGUAUGGGCCACUGUGUAGAAUGUCAACAAAUCAAGCACUGGUAUGUCCUGUAGCCACUGGCCAGUAACUCUAUCGCUGCUACCCCCUCCUGUUGGAGAAUCUGUGUCUAAGAUAGGAGGAUUUCAAUCUCAGGAACCUGAAUACGAGGCAUGGCAGUAGUAGUAAGGAGACUGGUGAGCAAACAGCAAAAUGAAAACAGUUGACUGCAAGGCACAAUCUUUUGUGCCUGCUUGCUUCCCCUCCUGCUGCGAAUAAGAGCAUCCCACCAGUGAGAGUGAAGCAGCCUGGCCUGACUUUUGGGGUGUCUCAUUGCCCAACAGGAGGAAGUGCGUUUAUCAGAGUACUCAGGCAGUGGCUGCAGAGUAUGCCAGUGUUGAAUUAGUUGAUAUGCUGUCAUCACUUGCACAUGAAAAAGAGCGUUCAGAGCAUGUUCGAAGCACUGGCAUCCCUUUGCCAAAAUCUGAACACAAAUAGUAGGUCCCCCCCACCCCCACAAUACUUCACUUCUGCACUGCCCACACAGUUUAAUCCCGUUGACUUGGCAGUGUGGAUAGUACAAAAGGGAAGUACUUGAGUGUCGGAGUAGCCAAGAGUGUAGGUGCAAACGCAGCCUUCCAGCAUGUGCUGUUGUGGCUUGAGGGCUGGUGCACAUGAACUCUCAGCUCAUGACUCUUUCCCCCUGCCUGUUAUAGCUCCCUGAUUACGGUGAACCAAGCUGAGAAGAUCGCUGUCAGCAUGCAAAAGUUGUAAGUCCUCAAAUUAGCCCCCUGACUCAUUCUCCAGUUUGUUGUUUGUAAACAAGGGGCUGCCACAGAAAGAAUCAACAGGUGGGCAUCACACCAAGGGGUGCUCACGUACCCAGUUCCUACCACAUGCUGACAGUCAAGUAUACACACUGCUCUGUACCAUCAUCUUCACAUCUCCUGUCUACUCUCCGAAUAAACAUCAUUUCUCGCUGCCUUGAA